AUGCUCGACACGCUCGGGGCGGACUCAGCCAGCGCUGGCUACUCGGGUGCGGCCGCUGCCACCCGCUCGGGGCUGGGCGGCGCCUAUGUUUCUAUCUCAGCCGGCGUGCUCAGUGGCUCUGGCUCCACCGGCGCGCUUGGCUCAGGCGCGCUCGGCUCGGGGGCUGGAACCGGCCUCAGCGCCUCCGCCGGCGGCUGCAGAAGAAAAAUGAAGGUUAGUCUCCAAAGCCGCUCUGGGCGAAGUAUACUCACAAAGGAAAGGGGGAAAACUUACGCAGAUUUGGGUCCUCUGUAUUGCCAUCUCGAUGCCAGGAUCCUGUACCCCGGGCCCGAUGAUGUGGGCCCAGAGUCCUCCCUCCUCCUCUUCAGCGGCGGGCUCUGCGGGGCCACCGUGCGGUCUACGGGCUCCGGACCAGGCCCAAGCAGAUCAAAGUCUGGUUCCAGAACCGCAGAUGCCUCCCCCGCCGAUGGCCCCGCGCUGGACGACUGA